GAUUUCACGAUAUUACUAGUAUCACUUAUUUCGCUUCACUCUAAUAAUUCAUUGGAUUCAUUCAUAUUCAACCUCAUUUUUAUAAUCUCACAGUUUCCACCUUUCGCCAUCCAAAAAACCUUUCUAACUACACACCAUUCUCUCACAAUGAGAUUCACCUCUGCUAUUGUCAAUUUUCUAGCCCUCACAACUUCCAUAUUUAUAUUCUCGAUCCACGCUAGAACCCUUUAUACUCUGGGGGUUUCCAAAAUUGAAAAGAGAAAGCCUAAACCACUACGAACGGGGUAUCGCUGUGACGCACUCGAUUUCCCUGAGGACUCAGGCUGGGGAAAUAACUACCGUAUUGAGGGUCUACGGAAAGUAGUAAAACAGUCCUGUGGCAUUGCUAAGAAGCGACUGCAAAUGACGGAGAAACAAAAGCUGGACAGGGAAAUGCACUCUUUUUGGACUCAGGACGACCCCUACCCAAUGUCUUUUCCACAAUAUGAAAAGUUUGGUUUUUCGAAAGAAGCACAGGUUAUGCCCUUGCCACGGCCAAUGCAGACUGAGCCUGGCUCUGACUUUGUCGUUUUCCAACCUUCAGAUUGUAAGGUUUUAAGCGUUGUACAAGUGAGUCGCGACAAGGUUCCAGGGAAUUAUCAGAGCUGUAGAAUAGUUCAGUGGAAUAAGACGUUGCUAGAUUGGUUGGCUUAUCCCGGUGAUUAUCAAGAGCAUAACUAA